GCGCAAUUUCAAAGUACACGUUUCAGCGCACGUGUUCGUGCACACUAGCAAUUGCAAGUUCAAAUCUUAAUGCAAUCGUUCAGUUAAUCAGUCAAAAUGAUGGUGUAAUAGCACUUCCAACAGACACUAUCUAUGGAUUAGCUUGUUCCGUUUUUAAUCCUGAAGCAAUUGAACGAAUACGUCGUAUUAAAGGUCGUUCAGAGACUAAACCUAUGGCUAUAUGUUUAGAUCAGGUAUCGCAUAUCUCCCACUGGUGUGAUACAAAAAAUAUUCCAACUGGUCUGCUAUCAGAUCUUCUCCCUGGUCCUGUCACUGUUCUAUUACCACGUUUUUCUGAUAGACUUCAGGAUCCAUUGAGCAAUCAUUUGCUAAACUCAAGCGACAAGCGUGUUGGUAUUCGAAUACCAGAUUCUGGUUUUAUACGUAAACUUAUAUCAGCAUUGAAUGAACAAACUAGAUUCUCAUCAAUUAUUGGCAAUAAUGUUGAACAUUCUAGUGGUUAUGAUAAGCACGAUAGUAUCAGUAUUGGUGGUGGUCAUCCAUUAGUGUUAACUUCAGCAAAUUUAAGUGGACAACCGUCGGCGAUUCAAAUCGAGGUAUGCAAUAUUACAGUGUUUAUACUUUUAUUUGUGAGAAAUUGGAAGAAUCCAAUCAUAAUAGUCACAACCAAUGUGUAGGGUUUGGGACAAAUUUGCAUUAACUUAAGUUGCCACUCUCUUCACAAACUUCAUGUCUCAUCGGCACAGCUAGAUGAACUUAAUAGUAGAAAAGUCUAAAUAAAAUAGUAGUAUUGUUAUUUUUGCGGAAUCUAACAAACAAACAUUAGAACACUGCCCAAAUGUUACACGACUAAGAAAUCGUUUGACCUCUUCCCUUAUCAUGAAAUUGUUCUUCAUUCAGCAGUUAUAUCAUUAAAUACAUCUAUGAUUUUUGAAUGUGCUUCUAGAUUUGUGUGUUUGAGCAUAUGUUCCUUUGAAGCAUCGAUGAAUAGUAACUGAAUACAUCUUUAUUAAAUUAAAGUACUGAUUUUAUUUCUGCAACUGAAAUUGGCAUGUUUUUCUAAAUUGUAACCGCAUCUUCCAUCACAACAAUAACUUUCAGAAGAAAAAAAACAGAAGUUUUUUUUUGAUAACUAAAAACUGUAUUUAAGGGGUAACUUGAACUGAAAAUUGGGUUAUAAUUGAAACGAGACAUUUAAAUUGAAAAGAAUUGAAAUUUAUAAAUUGACCUCAUCUUUAUUGUUGUGUCCGUAGGAUUCUUAACUUACUUGGUGCUCGAUAGUGGAAUACCGUGAAUCAGACGAUCCAAGUAAAAAUGCCAAGUCGAUAGAUAAGGGUCAAAUAAAUCCUGCGAUUUGUAUUCUUACUUGGGUUGCCCGAUUCACAGUUUCCCAGUACCAAUUACCAAAUCAAUCAAGCAUUCUGCAGAUGAAAGAAGUAUCAAUGAUAGUGAGGAAAAAAUAUGUUGCAAAAAAGAAAAAACAAACUGAACUCAUCAUUCUUUUUUUUCUAAACGUGUUAGCAGGUACAGACUACGUAGUUGAGUUCGGAACGAUUUUCAUUAACAAUUGUUAGAGAGACGAUAAGUAACAUGGCUGGGAAUCAUUUGGGGUUGUGCCGAUAGAUUCACUUUCUGUCUUACGUUUUGGAAUUAUUGUAUACUAUGUUGUCCCUCAUAUGUGAUUGUCUGUGUCCGAUGUUAUUUUCUACUACCACUGAUCCUGUUAUACACUACUUCUACUGUAGAAUUGGUCUUGAAAAUGUUUUUCUACCUAGGCUGAUCUGGUGUAAUAUCCUAGAUUGAUGUAGAUACGUGACAGUUUCUACGUUGCUUGCGACGGAUUGACUAUUUUUAGCGGCUUCUUAUAAGCUUAGACGGGAAAAAGUUUAAAUUCACAAUGAGCAGCAAUAGGUCUGUAAACAAGAGUUUGACUUGAUACAUCAAGUCAGGAUUAAUAAAAAAGCAAGUCACGAUAUUAUUGUCAUUUAUACCGGUCCAGAUUAAUGCAUAUUUAUUCAGAUGAGUAAAAUUUACCCUUGCUGAGUGAUGGAGAAGACAGUGUGAGAUAAAAAAUAAAUGCUUGGUCAAACGACACCUAGAAUAAGUAAAUGACAAGUGACUUCUUUUUGCAUUUAAGCUAAGAUUUAAAAGUGAAAAAAUGCCCUGGUACGGCCGAGAGUGGGGAGAGUCCGCUCUCCCUCUCGAAAUGCUCUCACAUGGCCACAUGCAUACAACUACUACGACAGAACUUCUACUCACUGCCUUCUCGUGGCGAGGGUGUUGUCGACGAAAUUGAAAGGAUGAAAAGUGAAUGUCCGGUGCUUUAACCGGCUUGGUGGACAUGGAGAGUCCACCUAGGGGAGUUGGAAAACCCUGAUUCCAAGCCAAUGGUGCACAUGGGCUGGCUGCAGUAUCCUGAAGGAACAAAUGGUGUAUGAACCAAUCGUUGGUCACUGGCUACCAUGGGACUGCAUCUCCUUACGAUGCUACACUUUCUUGUGGGUCAGACCUUUCGGUCGAAGGCUCUGAGUGUGACCUCCUAAGACAACCACCUGCUUCGGCCUGGGCUCCCGGGCAAUAUCACAGCCCUCAUACAAAUGAAAUGACAUUUGUAUGGCACAUAUGUAUUUGGUGCCUCCUUGUAUCAAUAUCUAUGUGUUCAAAUAAAUAAUAAAAAUAAACGACUUUGAGUUGCUAAGUCUCAGGUUUGAACCCUUAUGUCGGUUAGGUUAAUCAGGUAGUAUCACUAGCUUUCAUACUUAGACUGUCAUUCAAAAUCAAGUAUGCAAGUUUGUAAUUAGUGUGUCACUUGUAGAGAUAAAAGCCAUCACCCAUUUCUAACAUGAUUCAUGUGGAUUUAAGAAAAGUGUGACAAAUCACUCUUGCCUUUGUGAAGAUAAUUUGUCAUGAAAUAAUUUCACUCAUCACACUAUAUCUCUUCUUUUUCAGCCGAUUUACUAACUUUUGUUCAUUAUCAUAUUGUUUAAUUAGAUAGUUACUUGUUUCUUUUAUUGGUUGCGAUUUAUUUUCCAUUUACAGUUGAUGGUUAAGGUUAGGAAUUAGAUUAGGGGUUUUCAUCACGAACUGACAUCAGCUAUAAUGCCAAAACUGUAUUCAAUCAAAUGGAUGGAUGAAUUUCGCGCCGAAAUCCAAGACCUAUCAUCUUAUACCUGAUUGGUUCGUUCAUAUAUUAUAGUCUUGACGUAACAUCUUGUCUACCUCUCUUAGAACAAUUAAUUCUACCUUCAUUCAUUUUAUUGUGUUAUGAUACGUUUUCUUCUUUUAUAUUAAGGAAUUUUCCGAAAUUUGGUCAUCCAUUGACUUGAUCAUCAAUGGUGGUCCCAUUCAAUCUGAUAUGUCCUCAAAAAGCUCCGAUUGUAGCCGGGCCGGUUCAACCAUUAUUGACUUGUGCAACUGUGACAAGUCUGUUUAUUCUGUAGUACGAAAUGGCAGGUAAAAAAAUAUACAUAUGUUUUUACAUACUACUUAUGUUUGCAACAUCAGUAGUAGUAUUAUUAUUAGUAAUAAUUUGAGCUGUUUGGUUCUCAUUCUGGAAUCUUUCAUUAUCAUUUUGAAUAACAUUAUCGGUGUCCCAUAUUAGUGUGUCAGAUUUCAAUACGAUUGAAAUGUUGAUCAUCUAGAGGAAAUAUGGAUCCUACGUUAAAUCGUUUAUGCUUUGUCAACAAAUCUCGUUAAUAACAGUACAGAUGUGAAAAGUCGAAUAUAUGCUGAAAGUUACACUUUCCUAUGAAAAAGGUUUUGAAUUAUUUGAAUGGUAGGAAUGACACAGUAGUCAUAUGCUUUCCAAUAUCUAGCAAUGUUAGUGUAAAAAGUUGCAAGAGAAGGAAAUAUGAAGUAACUAUAUGACAAUGAAGAAACCGCUCAAGAACAAAGAACGCGAGACAAUUACUGAUAUUCAAAAACAGAGAAACAGAUAGGUAAAACAUUUCGAGGAAAUUGUGAACAGAAUAGCUCCACAGAACAUUGAAGCAGCCCCUACAGACCUUCCUUUAUAUGUCACCACCACCAUCAGGAUGGCCAUCAGACAAAUUGAGAUUGGAAAAGCAGCAGCACCUGACAACAUACCAGAUGAAGCACUGAAGUCAAACAUUGAAGUAACUGCAAACAUGCUCCACGUUCUAUUCAGAAAGAUUUAGAAGAAAGAAUGAAUACCGACGUAUGGGGAAGCUAGAUAUCGAAGAAAAGAGAUUUGAGCAAGUGUGAGAAGUACAAAGGCGUCACACUAUUAUCAGUAGCAGGAAACGUUUUCAACAGAGUUCUGCUAAACCGGAUGAAAGAUAGAGUAUACGCUCAACUUCAAGAUCAACAGGUUGGAUUCUGUAAGGAUCGGUCGUGUACAGACCGAAUUGCGACACUACAUAUGAUCGUUGAACAGUCAGUUGAAUGGAACUCGUCACUGCACAUCAACUUCAUUGACUAUGAGAAAGCAUUCGACAGUGUGGAUAGGAGAACCUUAAGUAACCCUCUUUAACACUAUGGUGUGCCUGAGAAAAUCGUCAACAUCAUCCGGAUUUCAUACGACUGCAAUUUCGUGAGUGGAGGACAGCUGAAAGAUGCAUUCCAAGUGAGGACCACUGUCAGACACGGCUGUCUACUUUCCUCCUUCCUCUUUCUUCUGGUGGUUGUCUGGAUUAUGAAGGCCUCCAAACCUUAGGGAAAGCACGGAAUGCAAUAAACAGGUUGGAAUCAAUUAGAAGAUUUGUACUUGGUAGAUGACAUGGCACUUCUAUCCCAUACACACCAACAAAUGCAGAUAAAGACAGUCAGUGUAGCAGCAGUCUCUGCAUUAGUAGGCCUCAGUAUACACAACGAAAAAACCUAGAUCCACGAAUGUAACAUGGAGAACACCAACCCAAUCACACUUAGUGGAGGAGCUCUGGAAGAGGUUGAAACUUUCAGCUACCUGGUCAGCAGUAUCAUCGAUGAAUAAGGAGGAUCUGAUGCAGGUGCAAAUGCAAGGAUUGACAAAGUAAGGACCGCAUUCCUACAAUUGAAGAACAUAUGGGACUGAAAACAACUGUCAACUAAUAUCAAAUUCACAAUCUUCAAUAUGAACAUUAAGACAGUUAGCUCUGCUGUAUGAAGCUAAAACUUGGAGAAUUACUAGAACCAUUAUCAAAAACGUACAAGUAUUUAUAAGCAGUUGUCUACGCAAGAUACUCAAUAUCCGUUGACCGGAUACCAUCGGCAUCAGCCUAUUGUGGGAGAGAACAAAUCAGCUCCCAAUUGAAAAGGAAAUUCGGAAAAGAGAUUGGAAGUGGAUAGGACAUACAUUACGGAAAUCACCAAACUGCAUCACGAUGCGAGCGCUAACUUGGGAUCCUGAAGGGAAGAGUAAAAGAGGAAGACCGAGGAACAAAUUGCGUAGAGAAUUGGAAGCAGACAGCAAAAUAAUUUAUAGUAUGUGGUUAAAAGUGGAAAGGACUAGCAAGUACCGAGUAGGUUGUAAAAUUCCAGAGAGUAGUGUAUGCUCCUCGACUAGAUGUAACAGGCAUAAGUGCGAUAUCAUGCGUCUUAUUACUAUGAUAACAUAAUUUCGUAGUAUUUUUUUUCACCUUGACGAUUGUUUCUUUUCCUUUCUAGUGCAUUCAAUUCAACGGUAGCCAUAUUAGAAGGUCGUUACAAUCUUUCUCUCGCAGACAAUUUUUCCAACAUAAACAAUUGAAAACUAAUUCCAUUUUUCAAAUGGUUUGAAUUUUCCCGCCUAUUCUUCUUCUUCUUCUUCAAUAAUCUAAUUCUCCUGCGCUUUCACACUCCUCCAUUUGUCUUCGAAUCAAUGAUUCGUAUUAUUAUUAUUAUUACGUGACCCCGUAUUUCACUUUUCUUUGCACAUUCAGGGAUUUCUUCUUCGUUUAACUUUGAUGAUGAUGAUUUUUACUAUUAUUGUUAUCCUUUUUUUGUAAUUUGUUUUCAUCGACAAAAUAUAUAUAUAUCCGUCGGUUGUUAAGAUAAACAGUGAUGUUAAAAUUCACUUAUCAAAUAUGAUCGUAUUCAGUUA